UUCAUUUUUAAUUUGGCCAAGCCAAACCAUGCAGCAAGCCUAGACAAAUUUCACUCUGGUUCAGUGGGUUGGUCAGUUUAGGUCUGACCCUGAAGAGCCAAGGGGCUAGACCCUGGACCCUGGUUAAUUUCUUACAUUUGAUAGUCGCAAAUAGAAAGAGAAAAGGAAUAGCAUACGAUCAUGAAAAUGGGGACAUAUAAGUUCAGUAGUCUUUUGUUGUUGUCUUUCUUUGCAUUUGCUGUGUUGGCUCCGUCGAUUCGAGCCCACAUCGGAGAAUUUGAUGAGGUGUGGCAGAAGCGAGCUGAGGAGGCCCAGAAGGCUGCAUUGGAGGCCUAUCAACCGAACCCGGAAGAGGUCACCAACCAGUUCAACAAGAAUGUCCGCAAGUCCAUGCAGGGAACCAACACAACGAGGAGGAACUUGAGGAGUAACAAAGGUCCAUGCAUGGCCACGAACCCUAUCGACAGGUGCUGGAGAUGCAAGCAGGACUGGGCUAAAAACCGAAAGAAGCUAGCUGACUGUGUGCUGGGGUUCGGGCGCAGGACUACAGGAGGAAAGGAUGGAGAAUUCUAUCUGGUAACUGAUGCCUCAGACAAUGACAUGAUCGACCCAAAACCCGGUACUCUUCGCCAUGCUGUGAUCCAGAAGGAGCCACUUUGGAUCAUAUUUGCCCGCGACAUGAUAAUAAGGUUGAAACAGGAGCUGAUCAUGGCUGGUAAUAAGACCAUCGAUGGCCGUGGGGCUAAUGUUCACAUUGCAUAUGGUUGUGGCAUUACUAUACAGUUUGUGAAGAAUAUCAUCAUCCAUAACCUCCAUAUACAUGACAUUGUUCCUGCUCAAGGUGGGAUGAUUAGAGACUCUGUAGAUCAUUAUGGCCUCAGAACUGCCAGUGAUGGAGAUGGGGUUUCGAUAUUCGGCUCAUCCAACGUCUGGGUGGAUCAUCUCUCCAUGUCCAACUGCAAGGAUGGGCUUGUUGAUGUGAUCAUGGCAUCCACAGCCAUCACCAUUUCAAACUGCCAUUUCACUAAUCACAAUGAGGUGAUGCUGUUUGGUGGCAGCAAUAAUUUCCAGGGCGAUAAGAUCAUGCAAGUGACAGUGGCAUUUAACCAUUAUGGAAGAGGACUAGUCCAGAGAAUGCCAAGAUGCAGAUAUGGCUUCGUCCAUGUUGUCAACAACGAUUACACUCACUGGCUCAUGUAUGCCAUUGGUGGUAGCCAGAACCCCACCAUCAUAAGCCAGGGGAACCGGUUCAUCGCCCCUCCAAAUAUGGCUUGCAAGGAGGUGACCAAGAGGGACUAUGCAAGCCCAGAUGAGUGGAAAUCUUGGACAUGGAUCUCACAAGGGGAUCUGCUACAAAACGGAGCAUUCUUUGUUCAGUCAGGAGACCCUAAAAAGAAGCAUCCAUUCACCAGGUACGACAUGAUAAAGGCGAAGCCUGGCACAUUUGUUAACAGGCUCACUCGCUUUUCGGGGUCGCUGGGCUGCAAGGUGAACCAACCAUGUUAGCACUGAUAAGAGGAUGAAACGCACAGGAGGAGAGGAAGAUGAGGUGUAGAGAGCCAAGACCAAGUGGAUGUGGGGGAGAGAAUUUCAUUUGGUCCAAUUCCUCCGCCCAUCUUAUGGGGUAUCAUUAUUAUUACAAUAUUACUUGAUUAUGUAUGUAAUUACUAAUUAGUUGUGGAGCAUUUAAUCUGUGGUACAAGCGCCGAGAUGAGAGUUUUAAAUUCGUAACUCCUUUCUUUUCCUACUUCAAUAACUCUGACAAUAUGAAUUGUAAAUCCAAGUUUAGCCA